AUGGCCUCUUCGGAUCUCCUCUCUCUACUCCUCGCUCUGGGGCUCCUCCACUCCUCCGAUCCCCUUCCAGAUGCCACCCCAUGGCCGUUCUCCCUCCCAUCAACGAUACAGCUCCCCUGCCGGGCCUCCGUCACGGACUACGGCGCCGCCGGCGACGGCAAGAUGUACGACACGGCGGCCAUCCAGGCAGCGGUGGACGCCGUCGCCGCCUGCGGUGGCGGCCCCGUCCGCUUCCCCCCUGGGGACUACCUCACGGCGACGAUCCUGCUGAAAUCCGGCGUGGUGCUGGACCUUGCGGAGGGCGCGCGGCUGCUGGGGGGGACCCGCGAGGAGGACUACCCGCCGGAGAGCCAUAGGUGGUACGUCGUCCUGGCGGAGGACGCCGCCGGCGUGGGGAUCACCGGCGGCGGCGAGAUCAACGGCCAGGGCUGGGUCUUCGUCCGCCGGCGAGACCCGAGGAAGAACGUGAUGGUCAGCUGGAACUCGACGGGGGCCUGCCUCGGUGACGAGUGCCGCCCCCGCCUCCUCGGCUUCCUCCGCUGCCGUAACGUCCGGAUCUGGAACAUCCGCCUCGUCGACCCCGCCUACUGGUGGUGCGCAUCCUAGCAAAACCCUAAUCUUCUUCUUCCUCUUCUUCUUCUUCUUCCUCAUCUAGCCUGUUGGCCUUGCAGCUUGCACCUGGUGGGCUGCGACAACUCGUCCAUCCGGGAGGUGACGAUCCUCGGGGACUUCGAUUCCCCCAACAACGACGGCAUCGACGUGGAGGACUCCAAUAACACGGCCAUCGCCCAGUGCCAUAUCGACACCGGCGACGACGCCAUCUGCCCAAAGUCCUCCGCCGGGCCGGUGGUCAACCUCACCGCCGCCGACUGUUGGAUCCGGACCAAGUCCAGCGCCAUCAAGCUCGGCAGCGCGAGCUGGUUCGAUUUCAGAAGCUUCCUCUUCGACAACAUCACCAUCUUCGACUCCCACCGGGGGCUCGCCCUUCAGAUCCGCGACGGAGGUAACGCCGCCCGCCGAUCCUCCUCGGGCAGAACAACCCGCCCUUCACUUCACGGCUCUGGUUCAAUGCAGGGAAUGUCAGCGAUGUCACCUUCUCGAACAUCAGAAUAAGAACGAGAUACUAUGAUCCCUCGUGGUGGGGGAGAGCCGAGCCCAUCUACGUCACUACCUGCCCCCGGGAGCUGGGCUCGAGAGCCGGGUUGAUCUCCGGUCUGCGAUUCAUCAACAUCUCCGCCGAGUCGGAGAACGGGGUCUUCUUGUCCGGCUCCGGCGGCGGGCUGCUCCAAAACUUGAGCUUCGUCAACGUCAACCUGACCUUCAGGAGGUGGACGGACUACCCCGACGGAGUAGUGGACUACAGGCCGGGGUGCCAAGAAAUGGUGCGCCACAGCACGGCCGGGUUGAUGGUGGAGCACGUCUCCGGCCUGGAGAUGGACAGGGUGAGGAUGCGCUGGCACAAGAGCAGCUCGAAGGGGUGGAACAACCCAAUAGAGUUCUGGCCCUCCACGGUCAACGGGCUGUCCUUCCGAGAAUGGUACUCGGAAGAGUACUGA